CGGAGGUUGCUGGAGGUACACAACGUCGACCCCCCAAAAAGAGGCCGACGCCAGCGUACCUACCCAUCUCAGAGUCGGGCAUCUCCUCCGCUUCGUUCGCAACUAUUUUGGUUCAGGUGGCUCCGCGCCAUACUUCCAUAAUCUUGACAAUUCCGCACUUCCUGAAAGUCUCCACAUGGCGUCGCGGUGUCUCGAUCUAGCAAUAGUGUUGACGCUGGGGGGGGUGGGAGUCCAGGGCGUGCAGCUCCAGAGCGCGCACACGCGCCUGGCGAAGGCGCAGAAGGAGGAGGCCCAUGCAGCCCUGUUCGAGAAGGACUUCACGGUGGAGCUGGACAUGAUUGCGGCCCACGAGCGCAAUUUGAACCUCGGGAUGCAGCUGGACACCGACACUGAUUUUGAACCAGUGUCGGUUGCAAAGGUUCGCAAGAACGGGUUGAUGGAGAUGUGGAACAAAGCCAACCCGGAUAAAGCCAUAACCGUGGGCGACCAGAUCAUGAAGGUCAACGACAUUUUGUGGCACCACAAUUCGCAGAUGUUUGCAGAGCGCAUCAAAAACCAGUACAAGGCAUACAAGGACUACAAGGCGGGCGCUAAAAAGGUGCUGACCCUGGCAAUCCAGCGCCCAAGGCGCCAGAAGGAGACCCGUUUCCAGUCGCAGCGGGAGGACCUGCACAGGCAGAUGUAUUCGAGGGAGUUCAGCGUCGACCUCCCCUUCGUGAAAAACCAGAGCAUCGGCUGGACGCUGAACGCGACUGUCGACUGGAAUCCGGUGACCGUCGCCAGUGUCAGCAGCACAGGCUUGGUGGCGUUGUGGAACCAGGAAAAUCCUGAAAACAGGAUCUACCCCGGCGACGAGAUCAUCAUGGCCAAUAACGUCACUUGGCACCACAACACCAAGGCCUUCAAUCACCGCAUUGAUACGAUGCUGCGCAGGGCUGUGUCACAAUCCAACUCCAAAGUUGCCAUUACCCUGCGCAUUCAGCGGCCUAGGUCGGUCAUCCAAGCGCUGGAGGGCAAGACCUUCCAGAAGAUGUUCGACGUGACCCUGCCCAGUAUCCACCCAGAGGAGAUCGGCUGGACCCUGCAGACCAACACUUCGGACCCUAUCAACAUUACUGAGAUUAGGGACGGAAGCUUUCUGAGCAAGUGGAACAAGCAAACUCCCGAGCAGAAUUUGGCCGUUGGCGAUCGCAUCGUCAAGGCGAAUAGCUUGAAUUGGCACCACGACAAGAUUGGUUUCGCGAGCAACCUGUUGAAGAUCUUGAGCAAAAGGAACAGCACCACUCUGCGCGUCCAGCGGCAGGCCCACUUCAACUACGCCAGAGGUUGGGCAGUAGAAAUCCCAUCAGGUGUGAACCAACUGCUGGGCCUACAGCUGAACGCUAGUGACGACGAGUUUCCUGUAACAAUCAACAUGGUCAGGCGCCUGACUGCCGCUGGCAUCUUCAACGAGGACAACCCCGAUGACGUGAUGAUCCCCGGUGACCAGAUCUUCAAGGUCAACGAUAUCUUGUGGCGCGGCAAUUCGCGCGAGUUCGCGCAGAGCUUGGAGCAGGAAUUUUCCAAAUCCAAGCGGACGGGCGUCAUGCGCUUGUGGCUCCAAAGGCCAGAGGGGCUGCAGAGGGAGGACGAUUCGAGCUUGGACUACCUUGAGUUCUCGACAGAGCUGAAUGUCUCGCUGUCCCAGGCCAUGGGCUGGGAAUUGAACACCACUGGCGCAGGCCCAGUCACGGUCAGUAAGCUCACGAAUCUCGGUAGCAUCCAAAGUUGGAACGAUAACAAUCCAUUGAAGGACAUCCAGGUCGGCGACCAGCUCAUCCAAGUGGAAGACAGAGUUUGGCAUAACAACACAGAGGAAUUCAUGAAGCACCUCGGCCACCAGCUGACGGACGCCACCAGUAGCAAAGGCAAGGGGAGCAUCGCGGUGCUGUUCCGCAGGCCCUACGUGGCGAACGCGGAUGACGUGGCCGAGGGCAAGGACGAAGAGUUGGGGGGCGACGUGAUGGGAGCCGAGGAGUGAUGCGCUCGGCGGGCCCAGGCACGAACUGCUGCUGAUGCCAUCGAGACCGCCUUCGGUCUCGAUGCUCGAGGCGACCCAUUGUUGGGACGCUGCGUUCCACGCAGAAGCAGUCCCAGGUGCGAUAUGCAGGAUCAUCGCUAAUCAUGCGUUUUGGCUGUCACCGAAGGUGAUGGUGUAACACAAAUGACCAGGGAGGUUAGGGCUAGGAAUGGCACUGGCACGCGCAGCGGGCCAGACAGAGAGCAGAGGCGGAAGCUGGCGGAAGGAGCCUUGGAAGUGCUAGGAAUCACACUCCUCCUGCUUGACUCCUGUAGGCGCUCGCGGCAUCGGAAAGACGUCAAGCACUUAGAUUCACGCUCGCGUCGUUACGAACUUUGGGUUAUCAGCAGAUGGCUGAUCCGGCAUGCAAUCAGGAAGCCUCGGGCUACUACUGGAUGAGUUGCACAAGCCUGCAAUAGGAAAAGAAUUAUUUAAUCGCUUCGCUCAUUCCGCCGGCCCAUAUUGUCGCACCGUUGUGGG